CCCAAAAUAAAAAUAGUCUUUAGGGUUGAAAAGUAAAAACAAAACAUCUGCUGAAACGUGAAGUGCUGAUGAAUGAAGUGCUAGUUCCUCUCUCUGUAACUUUUGGUCGGCUAUAUAAGACACAGACGAGAUCUGACAGAUGUCAGAGAUACAUCGGCAGGCUACAGUGAGUGUCUCAGCUUUUCAUCGACCAUUUGAAGAAAAAGACGACGACGGCGACGGCGGAAGGUGAUCAUGAAGAUUUACCUACUGAUGCUGGCUGUUGUCAUUUCAUCAUCGGAGGGACAGUUAAGGGAUGAAGAACACUAUGAUAAUGAGGAUUAUGAUCUAUCAGAUGCAGAGAGCUUUGAAUGGGAUUUCCAAAAUGAAUCAACCACUCCAGUUCUGGUCAUUUCAAGUCUCACCAGAGGGCAAAGUGAUAAUAAUGUAACUCUACAUGUCGAAGAAGCGACGACGACCCAGAUGAUGAUCGGUGAUGACUCUACAAAUGAAGCUUCCCGCCAGACGCCGUCCUCGCCUUUUCUUAGUAACACAUCAGUAAAUGAGACAGAUCAACUACUGGAUAAUGGCAAAGAGAUCUCAUAUGGCUCUGGUGCUGACCGUAAUGACACAAAUUCAACAAAGGAAGACCCCGGCAGUGAAGGCUCACAGACUACAGCCCCCGUCAGUACAACGAUCUGGAGAAAGGAAAAUGGUGAUGUUCAUCCUGGGGUGAUAACUACGGCUUCUACUACAGAAGCCAGUUCCUCACCAAACCCAGUUUAUGUGAUCCUGUGUUUGAUCAUCCUGGUGAUCAUCGUUCUGUGCAUCAUCCUCUACUUACUCCGGAGAGUCUCAAGGUCAUACUCAUUCGACCUCCAGCGUCAUGUUCCACCCAACCGCCACAAUGAACCCACCGGCACCUUCGGACAGGUCUACCUGGACGACCUGGAUCUAUCAGACCCUAAAGAUGAAGUCAUCAGCGAUGACCUUUCAUCUGCUCCAGUCGUCAAUGGCACAACUCUUCAGCUGGAGGAUAAGAUUUCCAAAGGAGAGACCGCUCCGGAGGAAAAGCCCGAUGAAAAUGGCAUCGAGACUUCGCCAACCAGUAACACCAGUAGUCCACUGGGCGAUGAUCAAGCCGACAACCGAUCGACCAACAGCACCAAUCUGUUCUUCGACGCCAUCAUGGGAGAGGAGCAGCAGAACGAGAACAACAACAACAACCCGUCUGUUUGCUCCAGAGACCCGUUUGUUGAAAUAAACCUGGAGGAGCCGGCGUUGAGCGACCAGCUCCUCACUCUUCCAGAGGGGUCUUCUUCGCCGCUCUCCUUCUCUCCUUUCUCCUUCUCCUCAUCUUCGUCCUAGCACCUUCACUGAAGACUCGACCGGUGUUCGAGGACGCAGCGACUGCAUCAUGAAGAAAAUCUAAAGAAUUAUUGUGUAUUCUAUCCGAUCACGUUAAACAGUCUGACAGGGUAUUCUUUCUCCAGAUGAAGGGUGUCUCGCUGCAGCCAUCUUAUCCUAAGCUCUACAAAAACACUCCAUCAAAAAGUUAGCCUGAAUCCUCCGUUACAGCAGGCCAUGCAGUACAAAAUGUUUUGUGGGAUAAAAUAGCAUUUAUCAAAUUCUUCUGUUUUGAAAGAAUGAGCUGGGCCUGCUAUUGUCAAGAAUUAUUUCAAACAUAAACAAUAUGUUGCUAGCAAGCUAAUAAGAACCCACCUCCUGUAGUGUCAAUCUCUGGUGUUUCCUGUACAAAGUUAUGUUCAAGCGCACAAUCAGCUAGCUUUAAUCCAUUUUAAUCAGGAAACUCUCUCUCAAACAAAAGAUAUGUUGCUAGCAAGCUAAUGAGAACCUGCCCCCUGAAAUGUAAUUAUCUGGUGUGUCCUUCACCAAGUAAUCUCUUAAUGCACAACUAGAGAGCCACAGUUACUCUCCUAAUUUUGUCGUACAAACUAGCAAGCCCAACGACAAUUUUCUUUUAACUUAAGCUUCAGCGCUACGCUGCUAAAGCUAGCAGCUAGCGGUAGUCAUCACUCUUUCUCAAACAAAAAAUGUGUUUUAAACAAGCUAAUAUACAUCUUCUGAAGCCUAAAUUGCUUAAGCCUUAUGCUGCUAAAGCAAGAAGCUAGCCCUACACACAAUAUGUUUAUAGUAAGCGAAUAAAUCCACUGCCUAUUUACAAAAAACAUUUUUUAUUUCAAAACUAGAGCGCUAGUUUUAUCUACAGUAGGUUGGGUAGAAUCAGUUAUAUAUGAACCAGUUUCUCGCUCUCUUCAUCCGUUGGAUUGUUGACGAGGGGCGUCCAAAACGGCCGUGUGGGGGGUCGCCUUAAAACCGCCUACCUUCUCUGGUCCAAACAAAUCCAGAGCAUUCAGGAGCAGAAUCUAACAUAGCAUGUUUUCUUAAUGUCUGAUCAUAUAGUAAGGUCACUUUAUCAUUUCAUUCUGUAGAUAUCUGACAGAUUGGACCUUUAAUGACAUAUUUUUGGUUUUCUGCGUUUUGUUUUGAGUCAGCGUGACACCAGAGAGGCACACAUACUGAAAAUACGUUCUCUGCAUCAUGAACGAUAUUUGUAGAAUCCACAUGUUGGUGAGGUUACGAAUGUCUCCAUGUAAAAUAUCAGAAUGUGGUUGCUUUAUACGAUCAGUGUGUUUUUAAUUUGCAGUAAAUAAAUGUUUUGUAAAUAAUCUAGGCCUUCUGUCUUGUAAAAAAAAAGAAGUAAACAAACGAAUGAAAAUGCAGUUUUUAUACAUUAUUAACGUAGUGUUACUUCAUCAUGUAAUGCUUUGAUUAACACAGACCAAUAAAAGAGAUUACACAUGACAAA